UGAUCAAAUUUUUAGGGCUCACUCUAUAUAUAUAAGGACGCGCCUGCAGUCGCCAAAAGUCUACUCUACAACUACACAAUACAGCAAUUCUGAAAAAUGGCUCGUACCAAGCAAACCGCACGUAAAUCCACUGGUGGUAAGGCUCCUCGUAAGCAACUUGCAUCUAAGGCCGCCCGUAAGGCUGCUCCCGCUACUGGUGGUGUCAAGAAGCCUCACCGUUAUCGUCCCGGUACCGUCGCUCUUCGUGAAAUUCGUCGUUACCAAAAGUCUACUGAAUUGUUGAUUCGUAAGCUUCCAUUCCAACGUUUGGUUCGUGAAAUUGCCCAAGAUUUCAAGACUGAUUUGCGUUUCCAAUCCUCUGCAGUCGGUGCCCUUCAAGAAGCUGUCGAAGCUUACCUUGUCUCCCUCUUCGAAGACACCAACUUGUGUGCUAUUCACGGUAAGCGUGUCACUAUUCAACCCAAGGAUAUGCAAUUGGCUCGUCGUCUUCGCGGUGAACGCGCUUAAUCAUUAAGUUGAUGAUUACCAUUUUGUUUAUCUCAAAGCGUUAAUUUAUGCUAUGUAUGAAUUCGUAUGGGUUUAUUAAUUGGAUGAGUGUUACUUUAUUCCGUGUUCUUUUCUUUCGCAUUGUCAUUCUUGUUUAUUAAUUGAUUUUUCUUUUCAUUCCGUGGACUUGUUGGAUGAGCUCGGGCGGGUUCUCGAACCAUCUAUGAUAGCUUUUCUAUGGUUGAAUGUGUUCUUUGCUUCUUUUAGUUAGUUGGUACUUAACCUUUUAACUAUUAUAUUUAGUAAUGUUAUUUUUUUUGCGCGCAAAUA